AGAUGGGCUUCGUUCACUCUUUGAUCCUGUGGUGUGUCAUCGUAUGCCAAGCACUCGGCUUCGUUCUACAAGAUUUACCACUGGAAAGAUUUGAACGAAGCAAUCCUGGUGCACUUUUCCAGCGAUCAUACCGUACGCAAGUUGAUCCCGCACUUUUCUACAACAGACUAUUUGGUCGAAUGAAUGGAUUAUGAGAAGAAUUACCGAGCUGCGAAGAUAUCCCAUCAUAUGAUUUUGUGUUGUAACAAUAGUGCUUCCCCAUUUGAUAAAGAAUUGGUCACCGUUA